GAAUUAAAACAUUGGUGUUUAUAUUACAUUGUACUUCGUAAAACAAUUUGGUCUGUGUUAAACAAAACACAUUGAACAGUUUGUGCUGGAAAUUCCUUAUGUUUAAGUUUGAAUAGGGGCAUUGUGCAAGCCAGCUAUGCAUUUCCGGAAAAGGGCUGCCUUUUUUCCAGUAUCAAAGAGUUUGAUUUGCUACGCGUAUCUAGCUUAGCAUACUAGCCAGUAAAGCUGAAUCCUGUUUGUAAUUCCAGCUACCGUUAGCUAUACAUUGAUGCUAAUCAUUUUCGAUAUUUCACAUUAAAACAAACUCCACAUGCACGUAUCGCCAUGGGCUGUCUAUUCCACUCAGUUCGAAAAGUCAGCUGCACUAAAAAGUAUUUGCAAUGCUAUCUAAUUGUUUCAUUUCUGACUGCCAGUUAGCUAGCAAACCGUUUAGUUAGCAAGAAGCUAUCUGUGUACGUUUGAUGGCGGCGCUAUUUUCAGGCCGCGCUCAAACAUAUUUUUUUCUAAACACAAAAUAUCAGAUUUUAAAGAGACAGUCACAUUGGUCGUGAUUGCAAUUGACACCAAUAAUCCACAGUGCAAAUCUUAUGUACAGUCCAAAUUUUUAUUGAUACUCUCGCGAUACAUUAUCAUGCUCGAGCUGUUUGUGAGAUUGCGUGAGAAGUCAGACAGAUCAACAGGACAGUAUGGCCACCACUGUUGCUGUCAGUCCCAGCGAGUAUCUCCAGCCCUCUGCCACUUCCUCUCAAGACUCCCAGCCCUCCCCACUGGCCCUCCUGGCCGCCACCUGUAGUAAGAUCGGCCCCCCUGCUGCUCAGGCCCCUGUCAGUGCCCCUCCUACCCAACCCCAACCUCGCCGUCUCCUCCCCAUCAAGCCCGCCCCCAUCGCCCCCGCCCCUCCCAAAAACCUGGGCUUCCUGUCCGCUAAAGGAAAUGUGAUCCAGCUGCCAGCGGGCCUGGGCUCCAACAACCCCGGCACCCCCAUCGUCCUCACCAUCCAGCAGAGCCCUGGCCGCUCGAAUCAAACAUCCAACAUCCAGUACCAAGUGAUGCCGCAGCUGGGAGGCACACAGACCAUCCAGAUGAUGCAGCAGGGCGGACAGAUCCAGCUCAUCCCGGGUACCAACCAGGCCAUCAUCACCACGCCCAUGACGGUCCCCCAGCCGCAGCCCGCUGCCGCGCCCAUCACCCCGCAGAAGACGGUGGCCAUCAAGCCGUCCCCCAGGGGGCGGAAACCCAAUGCAGCCAACGUGGUGCGGCUGCCCAGCGGGCUCACGCUGCCCCUCAACGUAGCCACCGGAGAUGAGCCAGCGGCAGCUCCUCCCCUGCCAACAAAGGGCAGACGAGGAAGGAAGAAGCUGGUGGCAGCAGCCCCUCCACCACAGACCACCUCUCCGCCCCCCGAGCAGAUGGAGACUAUAUUGUUAGAAGCCGGGGAGAAUAUUAUUCAGGCGGGGAACCAGCUUCUGAUUGUGCAGAACACUGGGUCGGGCCAGCAGCAGCUGGUACAGUUGGUGCAGCAGAAACAGGAGCAGCAGGUGGUCCAGAUCCCCCAGCAGGCUCUGAAGGUGGUGCAGGCUGCCUCCGCCACCCUGCCUCAGGUCCCCCAGAGACAGCCUGCACCCAGCCUGCAGCCAGAGCCUACUCAGCUGCUGAUCAAAACGGCAUCAGGCGAAUGGCAGACUGUGCAGCUCCAGGAAACCACCGUUUCCACGGCAACAACGCCCUCCAGCAUGGUUACCACCACCCUGUCGUCCGUGGGGGCCACCAAGCGAACACUGGCGGGGGGCAGGAAGGAGAGGACCCUACCAAAAAUAGCCCCGGCGGGGGGGAUGAUAGCAUUGAACGCGGCCCAGCUCUCUUCGGCGGGCCAGGCCGUGCAGACUAUAAACAUCAACGGGGUCCAGGUGCAAGGAGUGCCCGUCACCAUCACCAACGCAGGAGGGCAGCAGCACCUGACAGUGCAGACGGUGCAGGGCGGGGCCCUCCAGCUGGGCGGCGUGACCUCCCAGGGCCACCAGGUGCAGAUGGAGCAGACUCUGGCUCUGGAGCUGCAGGGCCAGCCUGGGGAGAAGAAACGCCGCAUGGCCUGCACCUGCCCCAACUGUAAGGACUCCGAGAAGAGGCCCGGCGAGGUGGGGAAGAGGAAGCACAUCUGUCACAUCCCGGGCUGCGAGAAGACGUUCCGGAAAACAUCCCUCCUCCGGGCACACGUGCGCCUGCACACCGGCGAGCGGCCCUUCGUCUGCAACUGGGUCUUCUGUGGCAAACGCUUCACUCGCAGUGACGAGCUGCAGCGACACGCCAGGACACACACAGGAGACAAGCGCUUCGAGUGCAACCAGUGUCAGAAACGGUUCAUGAGGAGCGACCAUCUCACGAAGCAUUACAAAACACACAUAAACACCAAGAACUUGUGAGCUGAGCUGUGCUGUAUACCGACUGUAUACACAGACAUGCCCUGAUGAACUAAACCCCAUAGAGGGCCGCAGGAGAGGAUACCAAGAUGGGUGAACCCCAAAAAGGCCCCAUACGCCCUGUUCUCCUUACUCCCCCACAGAGGCUUCGUAGCCUGGUGUACAUACCAAUCCUCCCCCUCACGGACUCAACUGUUCCAGUCAAGUUAUUAAUGAUAAAAAUAUAUAUAUAUAUAUAUAAUUAUGGGCAGCAUGCUUACCUACGUAGGCAGAAUGCGUAUAACAGCGAAAGGUGGUCUCCCAGAAAGACAGACAAGCGUGGCUGCUGUGUUCUGAUGACCUCACGCUCUGAGCGCCAUAUCCAAAUCCAGUCACCAGGCCUGAGGGAGGAAUGAGAGCGAAACGGAUAGAUUUAGUCUACCAAAGUACCCGAGCCCAAAGGAGACUCCAGCCACUCUUGCCCCUUCUUGUUUUUCCAUGUUUUAUUCUUUUCAAUAUUAAUAAUAACAAAUAUUAUUGUUGUUGAAGCUCCAGAAUAAGGUUUUUUCAAAGUUGAUCCUCAAGCCCCACGAGUAUCCAAGGUACUUUUCAGUCAAACAAAUCCUAUUCAGUAAAUUGCACUACAUGCAUAUCCUUUUACAUAGUUUGAACGGUAUUUGUAAUUCUAUUCUUGUUCAAUAUCAAAGUAAUAUUAUUGAUUUUCCAACAGAUAAAUGAUUUGGUUGAAAAGAAAACAUGCAUACCUAUGAGGCCUUGGUGACCACUUUGAAACCUUACACAGUUCCAGACUUGGAAAACCUAAGUUGGCAAAAGAAUUUGUGCAUAUGCGUACAAACAUACAUCCACACAUACAUGGGCAAGUAUAGAUAUUUAUGAUGUUCAGACAUAAUACCCUUUUCGGGAGUUUUUUUGUAAAUCGAAAAUGUAAUUUAGGUUUUGGCAUUUUUUUGUUUGAGUGAAGAGUUACAAAUUAUUUUGAAUACAGACUCCCUCCUAAUGAGUUUAAAUGUAGUGCUUUGCUAUGUGUAUAUCAUUAUGAUAUUAACUAAAUAUGUCCCAAAUAUUGGUCUGGCAUGACAAUCAUGUCAUUGGAUGAAGAGAGAAAAAAAAUCGACAUUAAAAUGCUUUCUCGGGCCUGUCACAAGUUAUUAGAUUACAUUAGAAGUCAUAACUUGUCUAUUAUGAUCUACAUUAAGAUCCGUUUGAGGCAAAUAUGUUUGAUAAAACAUUUCCGAUUCGUAUGACAUAAAAGUUGACAAGCUAUCUACUAUUAUUUAUCUAAGGUUUCUGGUGUUUCAAUUCCUUUAACCCUCAAGGGAGAACACCAGCGCUAUACCUUUACCCGUAGUAUUACAAUAAGUUCUGUUCAAUGAAUACAUAUUGACUGUUUAUGUAGCUAACUGCAUAACAGCCUACAUUUUUUUAUAUUUUUCUUUCAAAUAUUUAUAAAUGUCCCCCAACAAAAAAAAAUAUGAUCCUCGUGCAUUUUAAAAUGAGAUCAACAUUUCAUUGAAUAGCCAAUAUGAAAAUCAUGUCCAGAAUGUCUGGAUGCCUAAACUGGGCCUUGGGGACGGAAAGAAAGUCCUGCUCAUAUUUAUGUUUGUAUUGUAUGUCCUGAAUGUGUAUAUACAAUGUGUCUGGGAGACACAGUCAAAUGUAGGAUAAAAAAGUUGCACUGCCUUGUAUUUUGGCCGGCCUGGUUAGAGCUGAAGGAAGUGGACUCUGUACAGUGUGAAAGGAAAAUGAGUAAUGUGACAUUGUAUAGCUUCAUUCCUGCUUUGUACACCGUUACUUCUAGAUGAUCCCUUUUCUAUCGAAUUUAAAGUUGCCUUAGACAGUUGCACCCAGUAUUGAAAGAGAUUUCUGUCUAAUUUCCAGGGAAUGGCAUUUGUAGAGUUCCUUUUAUUUUUGUCUAACUUAUGUUACAUAAUGCCGAUGUUUAUGUGCACUGACUUGAGCCCAGGUUGAAAAUAUGUGAUUUUUAUUUGAUUUUUAAGUAAUGAUCAGUGGAUGAGUUAUUUUACCUAAACUGAAAAGGUCCUAAUGUUGGUCUCAGUGAACCAGGUGCUUUUCCCUCUCUAAACCUAAUCUACCACAGUAAUAGAUACAGACCCUGUGUAUGUCUGAAAUGGCACCCUAAUCCCUAUAUUGUGCACUACUUUCAACCACAGCUCUCUGGUCAGAAGUAGUGCACUAUAUAGGGAAUAGGGUGACAUUUCAGACUUCCUUUGUUUAACAGAAGUUCUCAGAUAUCCAGCUAUUGCCCAUCUUUUAUAACUUGUAUUAAGGCGCUUACUACAGGUGCUUGCUCCUUUUUUACAGUCACCCACACCCUCAAUAAAGCAUUCAAACUGUA